AACAACAAUAACGAUAACAAAAGAAAGAAAAUUAUUAAAAUCAUCAUUACCAUUGGCAGCAGCAGCAACAAAAACAACAACAACAGUCGACAAAUUGCAUGGCAGUUAGUGUCUGUGUGUGUGUGUGUGCUUUUGUAUGUGUGUACGUGAUAUAUACGUAAAGGAAUUGGAAGUUCUAUAACCCCGACUCUAGGUCAACAAUUAAAAAGCAAUUAGCAGAAUAAACCAGCUACAACAUGCGUUUUGAGCCCUUGGGCCAGAAAAUGUUCACCCGCCGCAACUGGCUGCUGCGUUGCAGCAUCCUCAUCAACGUGGCGGUUAUCCUGUACAUUGGCAGCCAGCUUAUGAUUGGCGGCGGCAACAACUUCACAAAUGGCGGUGGAUUCAUGCUGCAGGAUCAGCAGCCAGUCCAGGCCAUGCUGCAGGUAAAUGGAGCCAUGUCCGCGGCGCAGGUGCAGCAGCAGUCGCAGCCACAACAACCGCCAACGCCCAAGAAUCCACUAAAUCAGGCGGGCGAGGUCUUUGAGUCGGAGGAGAAGCUGCAGGUCAAUGGCGUAGACUCUCCGGCUGCUGCAGCGGCAGCGGUGGCUGCGGCUGCUCAAGCCUCUGAUAUUGCUGCAGCUGCUCCACCUGCUGUGGCCAAUGAGAGUGGCAACGUUGGCAGUGAUCCCUCUCAGGUGAUUGGCAACAUUGGACCCGGAGGAAUUGGCCUUCCUGCCGAGGUGAACAACACCCAGGCGGAGGGCUACAUUGUCACCGGCGACGAGAAGGAGCUGGAGGAGCGAGUGCGCUCGCUUAUAAACUGCUUUGAUCAUGACUAUCACCAGCAGACGCUGCAGCGCGGCGACUUCUGGGUGCUCCAGAAUUACGUGCGAGCAGAGCACGGCGAGAUCAAGUGCCACGAAUCGAUUACUUAUACGACGCAUGCGGAUUAUACCUUUCUGGAUAAUCUAGUGCCGCUGCUGGAGCGCUGGAAUGCUCCUGUGAGCAUUGCCAUGCAUGCCCCAGGCACGGAUUUUCAGCCCACACUGGACUCUAUAAGGUAUCUGAGGGAAUGCCUGCCUGGCAGUCAUUUGGUUCGAGCUUACACCACCUUCCACAUCUACUUUGGCACCAAGCACAUACCCAAGUCAGUGCCCAAGCCCCAUGAUGUCUUCAAGACUGGCUAUAACUGCUCUCUGCCGGCUCCUUAUUUCAAUGUGAGCUCGGGUCAUUUGUACAAGGCUCAAAAGAAGCUGCUGUAUCCGGUUAAUGUGGGUCGGAAUAUAGCUCGCGAUGCGGCGCUUACACACUUUAUACUGGCCUCUGACAUUGAGCUGUAUCCCAAUCCGGGUUUGGUCAAGAAGUUCUUGGAGAUGAUAGCCCGCAAUGAGCAGUAUUUGAGACGAAAGGCGCCUAGGGUAUUUCCCUUAGCCAUUUUUGAGGUGGAGGAAAACUCGCCCGUGCCUCAUGACAAGACCGAGCUGCAAGAGUUCCUGCGCAGCGGCAAGGCCAUACCCUUCCACAAGCGAGUCUGUGCCAGUUGUCAUGGCGUGCCCAAGUCCAAGGAAUGGAUGUCUGCCAAUGAAACGGAUGAACUCAGUGUGUUUCAUAUAGGCAAGCGCACAGGUUACUAUGUCCACUGGGAGCCCAUCUACAUAGGCACACAUGCUGAUCCUCACUACGAUGAGCGGUUGAGCUGGGAGGGCAAGAGCGACAAGAUGCCACAGGGCUAUGCUCUGUGCGUGCUGGACUACGAGUUCCACAUACUGGACAAUGCCUUCCUUGUGCACAAACCAGGCAUCAAGGUUCUAAAAAAGGACAACCGUCGGGCCAUGCUUUCGGGGAAAACGAAUCAACUGAUACGAAAGAUCAUCUACCCGGAGCUAAAGAUCAUGUAUGGCAUGCGCAAGGGCUGUGCGAUAUAGUAACUAAUUCUGAGACCGAGCUGAGCUCAGCCAGACGACUUGGCGAAAAGACUACAACCAACAACACUAUUACUAUUUGCAAUGCUCUAGAGAGGAGGAGGCACCCCUCUCCUAGGGCAAGUGUGUGUGUGUUUUACGAGAGUUAGUUAGCUUAGCCCUAGAAUUAAAUAGAGCCUUACAUAGGUAGUUAGGCUUAGCGAUCAGGUUAUGAUGAGUGUGUGUUCAGGAUACUCUUCUUUGAGGUAUCAAGAAGAGACCUUCUCCUCACCAAGUCUAGGUUGGAAUUACUUCCAAAAUCCUGUUUUACUUCCUGUAAAUAUAUCCACACACACACAAAUGAUUUUUGACAACUAGUUCCCUUCCUGGAGAGCCGGGUUUCCACUACUCAUAGGCAGUCAUUAUCAGUUACUCUUAGUCCUAGUUAUUAGCCUAAGUAUAUACAUUUUAGUUAGCUGAAUUCUCUUUCCAUACACAACCAUUCACGAGAGUUGAAUCUGUUUUGAUUUAUGGCUUAUGAUUAUUGAAAUACUCCCGAUUGUCUAACCAUUUUAUAUAUGUUUUGCCAUAGCUUAAACACACACCUUUCCUUGGGCAAUGUAGACUUACUGCAGAGACCAAAACGUAGACUAGAACGACAAGUUUCGAAAGCGUUGAAUUGCUACGUAUUACAUAGACUUUGAGAGUUGAAACGUAAUAGAAUUAAACAUACAAUUAGAAGGCUAAAGACAAGUUUCAACAAUUAACACACACACACAGAACACAGAACACUCUGAGAAUUGAUUAUGGCAAAUGAAGCUUGCGAUUAUGAUGAGCCUAAAAAAAAAACGCAAGUAAACCGUGAUAUUUGUACUAGUAAAGCGAGGCGGAGUAAGGAGAUGUUAAACCUAAUUAGUAAGGAGCAAGAGGCAGAGACCCCAAUGCAUUAAACCUAACCGUAACAUUAGUUUUGUAUAUGUUUUUUAUUAGUGUUAUCGGAUAUUAAGUCAGACUUGUGCACAUAUAAAUGUUAAAAACAUAUUUGUGAAAUCGAAUCCGCGAUUCGGUUCCGAGGAGUGAAAAUGCUGAAGGUUUUUUGUUGAGUAGGCCUUAUCGAUGAUAUAUAGAGUAUAUAUGAAAAAUAUGAGAGUAGUGUCUAAGCGAGUUUUAGGUAUAUAGAGUACUUAGCUGGGAAACAGCAGAUUUUGCAUAUGUUGUUGAACAUUAAACACACAAAACAAAAAACACAAAACAGAAAACGACUUGGGAACAACAUGCUAAAAUAAUUGGUGUUUUGUAUUUAUUUGUCAUGGGUUUUUUGGUUUAGCUAGAAACCCCCUCUUAGUUAGAUUUAUUCGCUCAACAAAUUUACGUAGAACUUUGACUUUAUUCACCUAGUAAGACUUAAAAUAUCACUAAAGCUAAAUAAAGUUGUUGAAGCAGAGUAGCCAAGAGCAGGAAUUACAAAAAAAAAAAAAAAACACGAAUAGAAUAAAUAAUUUGAAAUACAUUUGUAUGAAGUAAAAAAAAGUAAAAGUGCCUUAGAAAAAAACGAAAAAAUAUAUGAAGUAUAAAAUCCAAAAUAUUUAUAAAUACCCCAGCUGGAACCCCCUUUCAAAUUGGCAACGUUUUGUGUUUGCGAGAGAGCAUAUUUUUGUAUGUACAUAAACGGAACAGAAUAAUGUAUUAAACUACUAUAUAUAUUUGUACAUAGAUAGUAAAUCAAAGUGGUUUAUUUUUUAUAUAUACACCUAUCUUCAAAGUAUUUGUAUUCCUACUUAAUGAGUCUUCUUAACGAUGAGAUGCCCAGCCUGCCAAUUGUUUAAUUCCUUUUUUAGUUCUUAGUCCUUAGUUUAUCUUUUGUCUUUGAUCGCAGCAUUUCGACAUAUAUAGUAUAGUAUAUAUUUUUCAAAUACGAAAAUAUGCAAAAUAUGCAUGUCUAUAGAUAUACGUACAUGUAUGUAUAUUUUUUUGUAAGAGUUAAGUGCAAAUCUGCUGAGCAUGGACUACUAGCUAAAAUCUAAGGAAAGCUACACAAACACAAACGAGGAAAAUAAAUAUAAAAAAACCGAAAACUGAUGGAAGUAUACAUAUAAAAAUGUCAAAAUAAAGAGAAAUAAUU